UCGAGCUCUUUUUUACUCGUCGCUGUCAGUUGGUGCUCAUCUUUUGAUUGUUCCGGAUCUAUCUCCCCGUCAAAAUGUGUUGUUGGAGGGCUUUCUGCCUGCUGGCGCUACUUUCUCUGGUCGUUUCCAGCGACUCCCUGCAAAUUCUGGGUCUGUUUCCGCACCCGGCCAUCAGUCACUUCAAGUUCUUUCACCCAAUUAUGCGCGGAUUGGCCGAGGCCGGUCACAGUGUGGAUGUCAUAGGUCCCUUUGAGGACAAAGACCCUCCAAAGGGAUACAAGGACCACCUGCUACCGCCCUCCACCUUGACCGACACUAUCAACUUAGAGGACUUCGAACGGCCUUAUCGCUUCCUAUUUCACUAUAUAGAGUUCUUUAUUCUGUACAACAUGGGAAAAGAGGACUGCAAUACCACACUGCACAGCAGAGCCCUAAAAGAGAUCCUGAAGAAUCCUCCUGGUUACUACGAUGUCAUUUUACUGGAGCAAUUCAAUUCUGACUGUGCGAUGAGUGUGGCCCAUGUGCUCCAAGCUCCGGUCAUUGCAAUGAGCAGCUGUGCCCUGAUGCCAUGGCACUACGAACGAUUUGGAGCCCCUCUGAUCCCGUCAUAUAUAUCAGCACUGUUCCAGGGCCAAUCCCAGGAAAUGUCCUUUGCGGGACGAUUGGGCAACUGGAUUACUGUCCACUCCCUCAAUGUGCUGUACAAACUAUUUACAGUUCCCGCCGGAAAUGCCUUGAUUAGACAAAGAUUCGGUCCUAGAGUGCCGUCCACGGAGAACUUGGUGAGGAAUACUUCUUUGAUGCUGAUCAACCAGCACUUUUCGCUCAGUGGACCAAAGCCACUGCCCCCGAACGUCAUCGAAGUAGGUGGUGUGCACAUCACUCCACCCAAACCACUGCCUUCCGAUCUUCAGAAAAUACUGGAUAACGCAUCCAAAGGAGUCAUUCUAAUUAGCUGGGGCUCUCAGCUGAAAGCGAGUUCUCUUCCCGCUGCCCGGCGAGAUGGGAUCGUUAGAGCGAUUGGAAGAUUGGAGCAGGAAGUCAUCUGGAAGUAUGAAAAUGACACGCUGCCCAAUAAACCACCUAAUCUCCAUAUCAGGAAGUGGCUGCCUCAGAGAGACAUCCUAGCUCAUCCAAAUCUAAAGGUAUUUAUGUCUCACGGUGGCCUGAUGGGCACCACGGAGGCGGUGUCCAGCGCUGUACCCAUUGUGGGUGUCCCAAUUUACGGCGACCAAUCGCUCAAUAUUGCCGCAUUGGUGCAGCGGGGAAUGGCCCUGCAACUAGAGCUUAGGAAACUGGAUGAGAAUACUGUCUAUGAAGCGUUGACGAAGGCACUGGACCCGUCUUUCAAAGCGAGAGCGAAGGAGGUGGCCUCUGCGUACAACAACCGCAUCCAGGGUCCCUUGGAGACGGCCAUUUGGUGGGUGGAACAUGUGGCGGAGACGAAGGGAGCUCCUCUGACCCAACCAAGCGCCGUGCAUCUCUCCCGCUUUGUUUAUUACUCCUUGGACGUAUACUUGGUGGUGGCCCUAACCCUGCUACUACCUGUGAUCAUGCUCUUGGGAUUAGUUCGAAUGUGCAAGAGAAGAGAGCCCAAGGGUGACUACAAGCUGAAGCGCAAAUAACCCAAUCAAUAGAUUACUGUUUUGGUAUUCAAGGAUUGUUUCUUAAUAUGUGAUAUAUUAUCAGAUAUUAAACUACAUUUUACCAAAACACAAACCCACACCUCUGUAAAGUUUAAAAACGCUAUUAAGAUUUAUAUAAAACAGUUCACUUUUAAUUAAAUACAUAUAUACAAAAUCAA